UGAAACAGCCCCGAAAGCUCGCGGCGCAAGAGGCUGCACCGAAAGCUGAAGCAGGAGCGCGGCGGCUCCGUGCUGCAGCCCCGGCCAGUUCCUCUCCAAGCCCCUCGGUGGAGCCAUGGAGGAGUGGGACCUCCCGCAGUGGAAGAAGGAGGUGGAAAGCCUCAAGUACCAGCUGGCGUACAAGCGGGAGCUGUCGUCCAAGACCAUCCCGGAGUUCGUUAAGUGGAUAGAAGAGGGCAUCCCCGAGGACCCAUUCCUGAACCCGGAGCUGAUGAAAAACAACCCGUGGGUGGAGAAGGGAAAAUGCACCCUGCUCUGAUGGGCCGCAGCGACCUCGCCAGCCGGCCGCAGACCGGCUCCCGCGGACGCGGGCGCUCGCGUUAACGCCGACUGUACAUCUUUUAUUAGAGAGUGUCCUAAUAUGACCAACGGAACAAAAACCCUACUUUCAUCUUGUCUUAUUAUUAGUAGAAGUGUUUCUUUUUUAUAUAUUGGGUAAAGAAAGCACACGCAGGAUGGGCAAAAUUGGUUAAGAGCUGCACUGUUUCAGGGAAACACGGGUUUGCACUGUACAUGGGAACGAGAAGCAACUCCAAACAGGCAAAGGUUUCCAAUUACAAACUUCCACCUGCCCCUGCCAGCACUUCUGUAAACAUGGCAGCUUUCUUGAACUUGUGAAGAAAACUUGUUUAUAAACAUUUUCAGUAAUUACAUCUUCUUUUGUAUAUUGUAG